UGCUGCCAUCCUUCACUCACGUGUCUGGUGUUGUCCUCCCGAUCUGAUUGGAAAGGCCGUCACCCCCCGGUCUCUCCGCUCACCGGCGCUCUCUGCACCCACGAGCAUCCCCAGUUCCUCCUCUUCACCCCCCGAUCCAAUCGCAAUUGGAUGGGCUCGCUCCGGUGCGCCGUUGAUUUGUGCAGCACACAGCGCUACAGGUUGCUUAGAUCGGUGUGCGGCGCGAGGUCAAGCCCAGGCACGGUAUCCAUGGAGAAAGCGAGGCUCACGCCAUACCCGAGGGAGCAGGCCGCAACCAGGAUAUGCAUGGUGUCUAGCUUUGCUACAGAAUUACUUGAGAUAAGGUCCAAGGAGCCGUCCCUCCAUGUGCUGGUUAUUCCUGGAAAUCCAGGAAUUGCUGCAUUGUAUAAGGACUUUGUCGAAGCUCUCUAUGAGAGCCUCCGUGGGCAAGCAUCUAUUACAGCUAUAGGGCAUAUUUCGCAUAGCCAGAAGGAUUCUGAACAUGGACGAUUGUUUUCGCUGCAUGAACAAAUUGACCAUAAGGUUGAUUUCAUUGAACAAGAGCUUCAACAUUCUGAACAAUCAAUAGUUUUGGUUGGACAUUCAAUUGGUGCAUACAUAGGUCUGGAAGUCUUUAAAAGACUUCAGAACAAGAUAAAAAUGUUUGUAGGACUCUAUCCAUUUUUAAAGUUGAACAAGAAUUCUGUAACACAAUCAGCAAUUGGGUAUAUUGCAAGGUCAUCACUCCUUAGUAAAGGGGUUAGUUUAUUUGCAUUUUUCAUCGGGUCACUCCAGCCUUCAAUUACAAGGGGUAUUGUGAGAAGGUUCCUUGGACAUUCAUGGUCUGUAGUAGCUGUUGAUGUUGCAUGCUGCCAUCUCUUAAAGUACCAUACGAUGCGCAAUGUUCUUUUCAUGGCAAUGACAGAGUUCCAAAAGCUUACUGAGGAACCAGACUGGACAUUUGUCAGAGCUAAAGAGGAUAAAAUUGCCUUUUUGUUUGGUGUAGACGAUCACUGGGGUCCACUAUCUCACUUAGAAGAGAUAUCAAAGCGCGCACCCGGAGUCACCUUGUCGGUUGAAACAGAAGGUCACACACAUGGCUAUUGCUGCAAUGAGCCUGGAUCCUUUUGGGUUGCAGACUACAUCGCAAAUUUGAUCAAAAACCGUAGCUUCAUUAGAAACAACUAGGGUGCAUUUGAAUGUAUCGUACUUUCUAUGAAGGGAGGGUGACAAAAAGAAAUCCUUGUCCAUUGCCGCACAUUGUUUGGCUAAUUCUACAAGGGUUCUCCUUCAA